AUGCACAAAACACUCGCACUCCUAUUGUUCGUAUGGCUAAUCAGUGUUGGUGGGUCUGGAGUGGACAGAAUGCAUUGAAUGGGGGUUGUAUUUAUUCACAGUUAUGUAAUCUGAUGUUUCAGGAAUGAUUGCGGGCUCUGAUGACGAAGAAAGGUUGAUGGUUGACAUCUUCAGAGGCUACAACUCUUUGAUCCAACCAGUCAAGAAUCUAAAUGACACUCCAAUCAUUGUUAGGAUAGCUCUACAGCUAGUGCUGCUGAUUAAUGUGGUAUGCCUUGAUUAGUAAAAUGUACAAUUUGAUUACAUUUUUUUAACUAAAAGUUUAACUUUUUUUCAGGAUGAGAAAGAUCAGAUCAUGCAUACAAAUGUCUGGCUUACAUUGGUAAGAUAAUUUUUCAAAACUAUUGGCCAUUCUCAACAAAAAAAUUUAGAAAUGGAAAGAUUUUCAAAUGAAAUGGAACCCUGUAAAUUAUGGUGGAAUCAAACAAAUCCGAGUGAAUCCGGACAAGGUCUGGCUUCCCGAUAUUGUACUUUUCAACAAGUAAGUCAAAUUGAUGUUUUUGACUUAAAUUUAGUGCUGACGGAAACUACGAAGUGUCCUUCAUGUGCAAUGUUGUUAUUGAGAACAAUGGUGAUAUGUUGUGGGUACCGCCAGCUAUCUAUAAAAGUUCAUGUAUCAUUGGUAGGUGAUAGAAGUUAUGCAUAACGAUAGAUUAAACUAUUUUUUAGAUGUUGAAUACUUUCCAUUCGAUGAGCAGACUUGUCAUCUUAUCUUCGGCUCUUGGACUGUAAGGCAUUCUGAGGAUAAUUAAAUGCGUUUAGUACAACGAGAAUGAAAUCAAACUGGAAUUUGAACAAGCGGAAUGGAUUGAUCUCUCCGAAUACGCCCCUAGUUCCAUCUGGGAUGUCAUGGAUGCCCCUGCUUCUCUAGUCACCCACAGAAGUCGAAUUGAAUUUCAAUUGAAAAUCAGGCAAGUUACGGUUUUUAGUAUCUACUUCAUAAAAUUUAGAAGGAAGACUCUAUUCUACACCGUCGUCCUUAUCAUUCCCACAGUUCUGAUGGCGUUCCUCAGCAUGGCCGUCUUCUUUUUGCCCACGGAUUCAGGAGAAAAGAUGACCCUCACCAUCUCCGUAUUGCUCUCUAUUGUUGUGUUCUUGUUGCUGGUAUCCAAGAUUUUGCCCCCUACCUCAUCCACAAUCCCAUUGAUGGCUAAAUAUUUGCUUCUAACAUUUGUGCUCAACGUGAUUACUAUUCUGGUUACUGUUAUCAUUAUCAACGUGUACUUCCGAGGUCCCACAACCCACCGCAUGCCUAAAUGGGUUAAAGUUGUAUUCUUAAAGGUAGGAGUUAGUCGGAAAUGAUUCAAAGCCAGGUAAUGCCUCGAUUCUUAUGCAUGAAGAGGCCAAAGCCCGCCAUGCAAAAGAUGAUGAACAACAAAGAGAUCCGAAAUGGACUUAUGACUCUUCCCGGAAUAGGAGACUUCGCUGUCAGUCCAUCGCAUCAUCACCCACAUUGUCCUUCAUCUGAUAUGCCGAGGUAAAUUUCCAUGAACAAUUAUAAUUUGCGAAUAAUUUAGUCAACGGCCAAAAUACGAAGUCUCACAUGAAGAUCAAAUAAAGAAUCUAGAUCCAACCACAGCAGCUUUCUAUCCACUCACACCAGAUGCAAUCCGAGCAAUAGACGCCGUAGAAUUCAUCACUGAUCAUCUCAAGAAAGAUGAAGAAUACAAAAUGGUAAGCGUUUUUCUAAUCAUAAUCUACAUAUUAAACCAUUCUAGCAUCGAGAUGACUGGAAAUAUGUAGCAAUGGUAAUUGACAGGUUUCUACUCUAUGUUUUCUUCGGUGUCACUUUGGGUGGAACACUCGGGAUUCUCCUCUCCGCCCCGUAUGUGUUCCAUUCAGUAGAUCAACAGUAUCAAUUAGAUCGCCUCACUGCCUUGUACAAAGCGGGGCGACAAGAUUAA